UCGAUGCCCUGCAGUGCAGUUCGCUUUUCGCCUGCGCAGUUUUGGCAUCCGAGUCUCGCGCACGGCAUCGAACACACCUUAACACUUACGUCGUGAGCAACGCCCUCAUUGACGCCCGCGUCCGACAGGUUUCUGCGUCUGUUUUGUUAUCAGUCUACUAUUUCUCAUGGCAUCUUAAUUGUCCUCCGCCAUCCUGACAAGACUACGACAAUGCGGGCGCGCAUUCCGUCGAAGUCUGCAUUUUUGCAACCGGUUGUCCCGACUUCUACAGCUCCGGCCAUUUGUCCUUGGUGCUUGACCAGGACGCAAUAUCCUCGAGCUCGGCAGUCUAAACGGCAUUUUUCGAAUAGCUCUGGAGAUCCAUCAGCAUGGGCUGCCGCAGUUUCAAAAAUCCAGAACACAGUGGCCGAUGUGUUGCCGUCCCGAGGGAGCAGUACUAACAUCACCAUUGACCCUCUGAAGAUCGUGGCGGAAGAGUUGAAGUUUCUCAAUAAGAACAUAAGACAGCUGCUGGGAUCAGGUCACCCUAUCUUGGACACGGUCGCCAAGUACUACACCCAGAGCGAGGGAAAGCAUGUGAGGCCUUUACUGGUGCUCCUAAUGUCCAGAGCAACAGCGUUUGCUGCCAAACAAGCUCGCCCGGAUGCCCAUACUCUGCCGAGCAUCAGUAUUGACACACCUAUAUCCUCUCCCUCCGUUCUCUACGACAACAACCCCGAUCAGAUUGCUUCUCCCUUGACGGAAACGCCCACGGAAGCUCGAUAUGCAUUCCCCGAUGACGAAACCAUCCUGCCUUCGCAAAGGCGCCUGGCCGAGAUCACCGAACUCAUUCACACGGCGUCUCUCCUUCACGACGAUGUGAUUGACCACUCCACGACCCGCCGCGCCGCUCCCUCGGCAAACACGGCAUUCGGAAACAAAAUGGCCGUCCUCGCCGGCGACUUCAUGCUCGGACGAGCAUCGGUCGCUCUUGCGCGCCUUCGGGAUCCGGAGGUGAUUGAAUUGUUGGCUACCGUGAUUGCGAACCUGGUGGAAGGAGAGUUCAUGCAACUGAAGAAUACCGCGUCGGACGAAAAAUAUCCCACUUGGAGUGAACAGACAAUCACCUAUUACCUCCAAAAGACAUACUUGAAAUCCGCCAGUCUGAUCAGCAAGAGCUGUCGAGCUGCAGCUCUGUUGGGCCAGUGUGCACCAAGCGUGGUUGAGGCGGCUUAUUCAUAUGGCAAGAACUUGGGCCUGGCCUUUCAACUUGUUGAUGACAUGCUGGAUUAUACGGUGAGCGGAACUGAGCUAGGCAAGCCGGCUGGCGCGGACUUGGAGUUGGGUCUUGCCACGGCCCCGUUGCUCUUUGCCUGGAGGACGUGUCCCGAGUUGGGCAAAUUGGUCGGUAGAAAGUUCGCAGAAGAAGGCGAUGUGCAAAGGGCGCGAGAUCUUGUUGCCCAGAGUGAUGGAUUGGAGCAGACCCGAGCUCUCGCCCAAGAAUACGCCGACAAAGCCAUUGCAUCUAUCAGCUUCUUUCCGGAUGGCGAGGCAAAGGAUGGCCUGGAAGAAAUGUGUGUAAAAGUUAUGAAGCGAAGGAAAUGAAAAGUUGGUAUUUGUGCGCCGAUGUACCUCCUGCUCGAUUCGAAUGUACAUUUUACAAGUGGGACAAGACCACUACUUACUAUACAAACCUUUAUUGAUGUACUGUGGGGACUCAUCUGUGGCCCUUACCGAGUCUCUGCACGCAUGUGUACUUUGGAUGUUGUCGGCGAUUCGAAUUCCAAAUGUGGCGUAUAGAUUUACAUGAGAUCGAUGUGUGUAAAUUGCCACAAGGCACGCUAAAGCUCGCAACCAGGCAACGACAUACAAGUGGGAGAAGACAAGAGAUCCCGAUAUCCGAACCCGGCAGUAUUCUCUGCAUCGACGACGUAGCCUCACGUCAACGUCUAUGUUGGUCGAAUGUGUGGUCCAUUGCUGUGGUCAACCUGAUAAUAUUGCCAUUAAAAACCCAAGUUAUCGCAUCGAUAGUACAAGGCAAUCAUUAAGUCUAUCAAUGACUCGACCACUCGCUUCACCUCGUCCGAGAGCGGGGGGCGGCGGGUAAGCUGAACCGUGGUCGGGAGCAAUGCUUGUCGUUUUGGACUUUCGUGGACAGAGAAGAUAGUCUCAAAAGGCACAAUCAGAAAAUAGCUUCAGCGUACGGAAAUGGUUUUUGGUGUUCGCGAGGCACACUACCCAAGCUGUAAGGCAUGCGAACCGCAAAGACUGUGUUCACAAACCUAUAGUAGGCAUGUAUAUUCCCGA